CAUCACUGACUCUGACUGUGUAUUUAAGGCAGCUGUGCUUCUGCUGUCUCUCAAACACAAGACCAGCGUCACACCAUGUUUGUUCUGGGUCUGCUCACCUGUAUUGUGCUGAGAGCAUUCAGUGCUCAGGCAAAAGUGGUCGAGACCUUUGAUGAGUGUAGCAGGUUUUUCUACAAAGACACAGCACCACGAGGAAUGGAUCAGAAUGCUAAAAAAAUCUGUCAGAGGUUGGAAAAAAUAAAGGAAACUAGGGUAUCUGAUGAUGACAACACGCUCCUCUUUGCUUAUUACGCUACUCUGUACUCUGUUUAUCACCGGAUUCCCCUCUACAGCGCCUACACACUGAAACGGUCAUGCUCAGACACUACUGGAAGGACAAACAAGUGGCACUUAGAGCCACAGAUUUCUAAAACUCAGUCCCCAAUUGAUUAUAUGGUCCCUGAGCAUCAAAACAAUCAAGAUACUCUUAAAGUAAAUCAAGCCAUCAGCAGCGACUACAGCGAGACCGGAUAUGAUCGAGGACAACUGAACCCCAACAGCUUCCAUUGUGGUAACGGCCCUAAUGCAACGUUUACACUGACCAAUGCAGCACCUAUGGACGCAUGUUUCAACCGGAUCCAGUGGAAGAACUGGGAGAGCACUUUGAAGAGUUUUUUAAUAAAGAAGCUUGACAGUGAGGAGGCAACAGCCUACAUCGUCACGGGUACAGUACCUGAUGCAAAUCUACGGAUACCACAGAAGGGAAUGUCUGAAGAGCCGGAAAGGGUGACGGUGCCCUCUCACAUCUGGACGGCUGUCUGUUAUAAACACAAUUAUUAUGAUAAAAACUCUUUUUCCUUCGGCUAUAUAGGAGAAAACCUGCCGGGAGGUAAAGUAAACCUGAUGAGUGUCUCACAGCUGAACAAUCGGCUCAAUCAACUCUAUAAGCUCUCAAAUAUUAAGAUCUUUGUGGAUGAUUGUUUUGAGGACAAUAAUAAGUUUAACGAGGUUAAGAAAGCAUUUCAGAAAUUAAUCAAUCUGCCAUUGAAUCAAGGAGUCCAGGUGAACUCAGAUGUGCAGAACAUGUAUCGUGCGCUCCAAUCAGUCAGCACUGAUAGCUUAACACCUGAAGAGAGUGUCGAGGUGACUGACAUGAGUGUAAAAUUAACCUUCAGCAGUUUGAGCGCUUAUUCCACUGUGACAGAAAACCUGAAGGUUUCUACUGGAAGUGCUUGUUUUAUAACUAAUUAUGGACAAAAAUCUGUUGAAUGCCAGUUGGGCUCAAAGAAGCGCAAGAUUGCAGUUGAUGGCUCGCCCUGCUCAAGCAACACAGGAGGUGAAACCAAGCGCUGCUGCUCCACUCCCUGUCUGUACAAGGACAAUCUCAAGGGCUACAGGUGUUACUCAGGCCAGAAAGAGAUAGCGUGUUCGCCCCAGUACUCACUCAUCACGUAUAAAGGAGAGCGAUGCAUGGAUGAUCACCCCUGCGGCACAUACGACAAGGACUACUACUGGUGUAACACCAUCUCUGGCCGCUCUGACUACUGUAGUCCUCUGCUGUGGAGAAGUAAGGCUAAAAACGGGCAGUACUGCCGCAACAACAACGCCUGUGCCAAAUAUGGUGAAAGCCAGCAAUGGUGCUACACAGAUGAUGGCAAAAAACAUGAGUGCUGUACUUCUGAUGACUGCUACUCCACUGUGAAUGGCAAAACCUGCAAGCCUGAUCACCCCUGUGGCAAACAUGGUAAAGAUUACCUGUGGUGCUGGACCACUCAGGGUAGCGUGGAUUAUUGUUGCACAAGUUGUGGUUAGUUGGUUUAAAAUGUUUAUUACCAUUAUUACUAAAGCAGCACUUCACAAAGUUCAUUGUGAUUGUACUUGGAGUGCUUACUAACCUAGAAACUCUUUCUAACAUAAAAAAAAAUAAGAUUCUCUGUGCUUCUAUAAAUAUAUUUUAGAAAAUACAUUUUCCUAAUGAUUUUUAUGCAAAAACAAACAGCUUAAAAAAACUAUAAAUCUUUUAUACAUUUGCAAAUUCAUACAUAACUACUUUGUUUCAGUAAAAAUAAAUCUUUGAUAUAUAUGAGUGUGAACAGAUCCACACAAAACUUACAGAGCAAUGAUGUGAUGUUCAUGAAGCAAAAUUCAAACUGUGUCCAUUUUUAUGUGCUCAAUCUGUGUCCAUCUCCAUCCACUCACACUCAACAGAACACAGUCCAGCUAAAGCUAAUUCAACUUCACAUUUCAAGUCAAGUCACAUUUAUUUAGAUAGUGCUUAUCAUUGUGAAAAUAUCUUUACAAAUAAUUAUGGCUUGAAUCAUUGUGCUAAAGCAGCUUCACAGAAAGAAAUCUUACUUUAGUGUUUAUAAUGUCUUUAAAGUUCCUGUGCUGUCGACUGGCGGUGCUGCAGUAUGUUUUCUGUUUGGUAAAACAAUGUUGUGCUGCCAUCAGUAACUUGUACGGUCUUUAUUAAAUCACAAUGUCUUCUGUCACUUUACAUGUCACUUACUCAGACAAAACACCAAUAAACACGUGUUGUAUAA